AUGUCACCUUCUUCUUCUUCACAUGAUAUCGUACUCACCAGCUCACCGGAGGGACCCAUCACCGCCUACAACGCCUCCACCGGAGCCGUCCUUGCCCGCCUCACCGGCACCCGCUCCCCUCGCCGCGGCCUCGCUCUAGUUCAAUUCACUUACAUCGCCGCCUCCCACAUCUCCUCCUCCUCCACCGCCGCCGUCCACCUCUACAAUUGGUGGUCAUCCACCGCCCUCCACCGCCUCCCUCUCCCGGAACCCGUUGCCCCUAUCGCCCCUUCCCCCGACGGCUCAUGCAUCUUCGCCGGCGGCCUCUCGGGCAACAUCCAUUCACUCUCCAUCCCCUCCGGAGACCUAAUCGCUUCUUUCCUUGCUCACCCUGGCUCCCCUGUUUCUUGCCUGGAAAUUUCCCCUGAUUGGUCGCUCCUCGUCUCAGGAGGAGACGACGGCAGAAUCGCUGUUUUCCCAGUCUUCCAAUUCCUUCAAAAUUCCUCCCAAAGCGAAAAAGACAAGUCAAUGACAAUGAUUCGGAGCUUUACAGCCCAUGAUGGGCCUGUGACCGCCAUUGUCCUCUGUAUGGGUAUCUCUCAGCCCACUGUAGUUUCCUGCUCAACUGAUUCCACUUGCAAGCUGUGGAGUCUCCUGGAAGGGAAGAACCUCAUGACGGUGGCGUUUCCGUGUCCAAUUUCAGGAAUUGCUUUGGACCCGUCGGAGACAGAUCUCUACGCUGCAGGUUCUGAUGGUUCAGUUUACCAUGGAGUUCUGAAAUAUGAAAGCAGGAAACAAAGAAGAGGCCAAUUGAUUACUGCAUUGCCUGGAAAACACUGUGCUGCCGUUGUGUCGAUCGCUCUGGUGAACGGCGGGAAGAGGCUGGUAUCCGCUGCGGAAGACGGCAGUGUUCAUAUGAGGGAAGUAGAGACAGGGGAGGUUGUGAUGACUAUGGGGAAUAGUAAUCUAGAGAGCAUAAGUGAGAUGGUUGUUGCCAAGCGUGGGAUCGUUGAUGAUGGCGGAAGAAGAAGGCAUGGCUAUGGCGGCUCUGCAUCAUUUGACUUCUGGGGUUGUGGUGGAAGCUCCUCUUCCUCUGGAUUGCCUGGGAAAGAGCUAUGUGCACUGGGUAUAAAAGAAGCAGGGGAACUUGAGAAAGUUAUGAGCUCUGUAAUGGAAGAUAGAGGCAAGGCAAUUAACAUGCUGGAGUCUGCAAUUGAAGUUUACGGGAGCCUAUUGAAACUCAUUCUGAAGGAAGCCAAUAGAGGUACUAACAACAGCAAUGGAGGAAAGCCGAAGGAUGGCACUGAACAAUAA